AUGGGGAAAGCGGACCAAUACGAGAUGUACUCAGUGGAGAUGGAGAAGCAGGGCGAUGGUGCCAUGGACGUGAAGAUCAAGAAGAAGAAGACGAACAAGGCGGUGAAGAAGAAGGAGAAGCUGGAGAGCAUGAAGAAAGAGAUGGACGUGGAUGAUCAUCAGCUCUCACUGGAAGACCUGGAGCUGAAGUACCAAACCAACGUGAACAAGGGCAUGAACAGCACAGUGGCAGGAGAGAUCCUGCUCCGGGAUGGCCCCAACGAGCUCAAACCCCCAAAGGGGACCCCCGAAUAUGUCAAAUUCGCCCGCCAGCUGGCCGGAGGGCUGCAGUGCCUGAUGUGGGUGGCUGCUGCCAUCUGCCUCAUAGCCUUCGGCAUCCAGUGCGGCCAAGGAGACCUGACCAGCGCGGAUAACCUGUACCUGGCUAUUGCGCUCAUCGCUGUGGUGGUCGUGACCGGCUGCUUUGGCUACUACCAGGAGUUCAAGAGCACCAAUAUCAUCGCCAGCUUCAAGAAUCUUGUGCCACAGCAAGCCACGGUGAUUCGGGACGGGGACAAAUUCCAGAUCAACGCCAAUCAGCUGGUGGUGGGUGACCUGGUGGAGAUCAAGGGCGGGGACAGGGUCCCGGCCGACAUCCGGAUCAUCACAGCACAGGGCUGCAAGGUGGAUAACUCGUCUCUGACAGGGGAGUCCGAGCCCCAGACCAGAGCCCCCGAAUGCACCCACGAGAGUCCCCUGGAGACCAGGAACAUCGCCUUCUUCUCCACCAUGUGCCUGGAAGGCACCGCCACUGGCAUCAUCGUUAACACUGGAGACCGCACCAUCAUCGGGCGCAUCGCCAGCCUGGCCUCGGGCGUGGAGAACGAGAAGACACCCAUCGCCAUCGAGAUCGAGCACUUUGUGGAUAUCAUCGCCGGCCUGGCCAUCUUCUUCGGGGGCACCUUCUUUGUCGUUGCCAUGGUGAUCGGCUACCCCUUCCUCAAGGCCAUGGUCUUCUUCAUGGCCAUCGUGGUGGCCUACGUGCCCGAGGGGCUGCUGGCCACCGUCACGGUCUGUCUCUCACUCACAGCCAAGCGUCUGGCUCGAAAGAACUGUGUGGUGAAGAAUCUAGAGGCAGUGGAAACUCUGGGCUCCACCUCUGUCAUCUGCUCCGACAAAACGGGUACCCUGACCCAGAACCGCAUGACUGUCUCCCAUCUCUGGUUCGACAACCAGAUUCACACGGCUGACACCACAGAGGACCAGUCAGGGCAGAGUUUCGAUCAGUCAUCGGAGACAUGGAGAGCUCUGUGCAAGAUUGUGUCUCUCUGCAACCGAGCCUUCUUCAAAUCAGGCCAGGAUAACGUGCCGGUGCCCAAGAGGAUCGUGAUUGGAGACGCCUCAGAGACGGCGCUGUUGAAGUUCUCCGAGAUCACGCUGGGGAACGUCAUGGAGUACCGGGAGCGCUAUAAGAAAGCCUGUGAAAUCCCCUUCAACUCCACCAACAAAUUCCAGCUGUCCAUCCAUGAGUUGGAGGACCCACGGGAUCCCCGGUACCUGCUGGUGAUGAAGGGGGCCCCGGAGCGGAUCCUGGAGCGCUGCGCCACCAUCAUGAUCAAGGGGCAGGAACUGCCCCUGGACGAGCAGUGGAAGGAGGCAUUCCAGACGGCGUACAUGGACCUGGGGGGGCUGGGAGAGCGUGUGCUGGGGUUCUGCCACCUGUACCUGGAUCCAGGGCAGUUCCCACGCGGCUUCUCCUUCGACACAGAGGAGAUGAACUUCCCCACCAGUGGGCUCUGCUUUGCCGGCCUCAUCUCCAUGAUCGACCCGCCCCGCGCCACCGUGCCCGAUGCCGUCAUGAAGUGCCGUACUGCCGGAAUCCGGGUUAUCAUGGUGACUGGAGAUCACCCCAUCACAGCCAAGGCGAUUGCGGCCAGCGUUGGCAUCAUCUCGGAGGGCAGUGAGACAGUGGAGGACAUCGCCGCCAGGAUGCGCAUCCCCGUGGAGCAGGUCAACAAAUGGGAGGCCCGGGCCUGCGUGGUGAAUGGGGGGCAGCUGAAGGACAUGGAAACCGAGGAGCUGGUUGAGAUCCUGAAGAUGCACCCCGAGAUGGUCUUCGCCCGGACCUCCCCCCAGCAGAAACUGAUCAUUGUAGAGAGCUGCCAGAAACUGGGUGCCAUUGUGGCCGUGACAGGCGACGGGGUGAAUGAUUCCCCGGCUCUGAAGAAGGCUGAUAUCGGGGUGGCCAUGGGCAUCGCUGGCUCUGAUGCCGCCAAGAAUGCGGCCGACAUGAUCCUGCUGGACGACAAUUUUGCCUCCAUUGUCACCGGCGUGGAGCAAGGCCGCCUGAUUUUUGACAACCUGAAGAAAUCCAUCGCAUACACCCUGACCAAGAACAUCCCGGAGCUGACUCCGUAUCUGAUCUACAUCACGGUCAGCGUCCCCCUGCCCCUGGGCUGCAUCACCAUCCUCUUCAUCGAGCUCUGCACUGAUAUUUUCCCCUCGGUGUCCCUGGCCUACGAGAAAGCUGAAAGUGAUAUCAUGCACCUGAAGCCCCGGAACCCGCGACGCGACCGUCUGGUGAACGAAGCCCUGGCUGUAUACUCCUACUUCCAGAUAGGGGCCAUCCAGUCCUUCGCCGGCUUCACGGACUACUUCACGGCCAUGGCCCAGGAGGGCUGGUUCCCCCUGCUCUGCGUGGGGCUGCGGGCCCAGUGGGAGAAUGACCACCUCCAGGACCUGCAGGACAGCUACGGGCAGGAGUGGACAUUUGGGCAGCGCCUGUACCAGGAAUACACCUGCUACACCGUCUUCUUCAUCAGCAUCGAGAUGUGUCAGAUCUCAGAUGUCCUCAUCCGCAAGACUCGCCGUCUCUCCGUCUUCCAGCAGGGCUUCUUCAGGAAUAAAAUCCUGGUGAUCGCCAUCGUGUUCCAGCUCUGUCUGGGCUGCUUUCUGUGCUACUGCCCCGGCAUGCCGAACAUCUUCAACUUCAUGCCCAUACGAUUCCAGUGGUGGCUGGUGCCAUUGCCUUACGGCAUCCUCAUCUUCGUCUAUGAUGAAAUCCGAAAGCUCGGAGUCCGCAGGCACCCUGGAAGCUGGUGGGACAAAGAACUUUACUACUAAAAGCAAAGCUCUGCCCCACAGUUGCCGCUGCCCCCGGACUCUUGCAGCAUCUCAGGGCUUACACCCACCCCCUCAGUGCAGCAAAAAAGAUACAGACACCCACGCCGUGUUCCCAGUCCCUGCUUCACCAACCUGGAAACUACUGGAGAAUGCAAACCCCUCAGGCAAGGGGCACCAGCCAUGGAGGAAACAAGACUGGCCCACUCACUUCAGUUCAUAGCUAGUCCUUGUUGACUCUUUUUGAGUAGUUGGCUGCAGGACACCUGGGUUCUACCCCUGGCUCUGGGAGGGGAGUGGGGGUCUAGUGGUUAGAGCAGGGCAGCUGGGAGCCAGGACUCCUGGGUUCUGUCCCUGGCUGUGG